UGGUUGGGCUUGGAUGAUCAUCGCCAUUGUGGUCUUGGUCGUGGUCGUGGUCGUGGUCGUGGUCGAUGUGGUGAUCACUGUCGCUGUGGCCCGGGGCGCCAUACAUCGCAUCUAGCGAGCACGAUGAAGGAUCGUGCAAGACUGAUGGUUUAGUCAGAGCAUGGUUGGGCUUGGAUGAUCAUCGCCAUCGUGGUCUUGGUCGUGGUCAUGGUUGCCAUCGCCAUCAGCUGCCGCCGCGUCAUUGCCAACGCGGGAGGUGUGGGCCGAGCCGAGUUGCGUUGAUUGCCGAGGGCGACGGGGACGGGGACGGGGAGCACCACUGCACGCCACGAGCCAUGUCGGCCAGAGUUGGAGGGGCUACAGAAGAGUGUGCGCGCGAGGUGGCGCUGCCGUGUCGGGUCUCGUACACGAGGGCAGAGGACGGGCGGGAGGAUGUGACGCAUGUGUUUGAGCUGGUCGUCCCGGGAAACUAUGCCGUCCGCCCCAUGAUGCUCUCGGUCAACGGGGGCAUCUUUACCGCUAAUCCGGCGCAGAUCGGUCCGUCUGGUGAGCCCAUUGGCGAAUCUGAGGCUCUGCUCCUGGUCGAGGCAUGGACAACUCGACCGGAGGAGCUGGCAACUGCACUGGCCGAUGCAAUCGAUGCGAGACUGGCUGCCGGUCCCACACCCGCCAUGGGCGCAAACGAGCUGCCGGGCUGUGUGGUGAUGUGAUGAAGCAAGCGGACAGGCGCAACAAAACCGAGCGUGAGAACGGGAGCUACCGCCGCCGCGAGCUGAACGACGACGAAGAAGCGGUGACUUCCUCGACAGCAGCGAGAUCCGAGUUACUGGCGGCGGCAGCAGCGGAAGCGUUGAGCGCCGGCAGGGCGCGGACAAAGUCGGCAAUGGUAUCAAAGUAGCUUUCGAGGCCCAUA